GCACUGCUAGAGACGCCGAGCUUUGUUCCGCUCUUGCAACAAUGCCAUAAUUGGAAAUUGGCACCAAGCUGUUGUAAGAUCCUGUGCGAAGGGAAGAGGAAAAAACUGAUCGUCAGUUUUUAGGUUAAAGAAUAAUGAAAUGCAAAAAAUUGAAGUAUAACCAUAUUGAGAGAAGACUGUGGGACUUAAAAGCCUGAACACAAACAGUUGCCCAGUUUUAUAUUGUGACUUUCGUCUUGGUGCUGCAGUACUACAAUGCUGGACUGGGAUUCAGAGACGAAUGUUGUGCAGAGAGAUUUGGAGUUAAUGUGGAAUGUGCUGAGAGAAGAAAACAUCAACAACUUCCAGUCAAAUCCUACCAAUGUGAUUCAAGAUCUACGGAAGUGUUUGAAUCUUGCCAAUAGCUGCAAAAAUGCAUUGGAUCAACUUGAACAGGAUUUUCUAUUGCUGUAUGAAGAAAACACAAAAGCCUUGGAAGCAAAUCAGGCAGAGAUAAGAAAACUUGAGUUACAGAAAUCUCAGAUGUGUACUUCGUCACACAGUGGAUGGCCAUACAUUUUUGGCAUUCCAUACUUUAAAGGCCAUGAUUCUUUUCCUGCCCCUCCCAAUCAAGAUGCAGUUGAGAUACGAAAGAAAGACUAUGUCACAGACAUAAACUUACCUUCUUCGUAUCGAUGGAAAGAACAGGACAAAAAGAAUUUGAUUAGAGCUGUAACAAGAGAAAUAGAAACUUCCAAAUUGCUAUUGAAGGGUCAGAGAAAAUCCACAGCAGAUAGUGAACUAAGAUUCGGUGAUAAAGAGGCCCAUUUUUCGGAAGAAGAUUAUUUGGAAGAUAUUUCAAAACUUGAUUGGAUGAAGAUAUCCACAGUUGACCUGAAAGAAAGGCAUAAUACCAAUGAGUGUAUAGGAAUGUGGCUUAGUUAUCUGCAGCCUUCAAUAAAUAAAAAUAAAUGGAAUAAAAAAGAGGAAGAAAAAUUAGCACAGAUUGCAGAAAAACAUAACUAUCAGGAUUGGGAAAAAAUAGCAAAAGAACUAGGGACAAAUCGGUCAGCUUAUCAGUGCAUACAUCACCACCAGACUCGCUUGAAUAAAAAUGUAGCAAAAAAGAAGUGGACUGAAGAAGAAAACAAAAAACUGGAAGAAUUAGUGGAGCAUUUCCGCAUAGGUAAUUUUAUUCCAUGGAAUAAAAUUGCUUUAUGUAUGGAAGGUCGUACAAAGUUUCAAGUUUAUAACCACUGGGCGUACACUCUCCAUCCUUCUAUAAAAAAAGGAAGAUUUACAAAAUCUGAAGAUGCUAUAAUUUUAAGAGGAGUGAAGAAAUAUGGAGCAGACUUUGGACGAAUUUCAAGGUAUUUGCCAAGUCGUACUUCUAUACAAGUACGGAAUAGAUUCAACACAUUUCUACAAUAUCAGGAACCAUUUAAGCCCUGGACUGCAGAAGAAGAUGAAAAGCUCUUAGACUUAGUAGAUAAACUGGGUAAAGGGAAGUGGAGCCAGAUAAGUAAAAUGUUUGAUAAUCGAAACAGAACACAAAUUCGACACAGGUAUGGUGCAAUACAAAAGUGGAUUAAAAAAAAUCCUGGAAAACGUUUAAACAUGACUACUCGAAAAGUGGUUGCCAACCAUUGUGGCCCACAAAAAAUGUUGGAAGUUAUAGAAAACACUAAGUCAACAGAACUUCCAACUGGUGACUUACAUGAAGGUGAACUACCUACAAAGUUAGUGAAACGUGAACAUAUGAAAAAAACAUAUGUAAAACCACGUGUACACAAGAGUACCAUUGGCAGUGCUGAAAAUGUAGAUCAUCAACUGAUUUCUUUCUUUAAAUCUGGCAGUGGACAGUUUGGGAACAACAAACAGAUUCGCUACAACAAGAAUGAAAAUGCCCGUUUCUCACAACAAGUAAAAAUGCAGCUUACUGUUCUGUGUGGUAACUUAACACAGAAACCCACAACUUUCUCCAAGCCUGAUAGAAAAAUGCUUCACUUUCUGAAGGGGGAGAAUGCCUCUCCCGUGGUACAAUGUCGGACAAGUAGAACAUCAAAGCUAACUACAUAUUCUAGUAUGACCCUUCCGGCACAAAGCGGUACUAAUGGCAGCACUUCAAAAAAUACACUGUUUAGUAUUCCACCAAAUUACAGUACUCUUGCAGCAUUUAAAACACUUACCUCUUUUUGCCAAAAUUUGGACUGUAAUAAAUGGUCUGCAGAGGACAAAUGUGUUUCGCAAGAAUUGUCGAAUGAUAAACAUAGCCAGACAAGUAAGAAAGGAAGUCAGUCAAAUGUUCACUUGAAGAAGAUGUCAUCUACAAGUUCAGGAGGUACAUCCCCAACUGAUGGUGUAAGGGAUUUCCAGUCAAGUAUUUCAAUUUGGAAAGAUCGACUGUUGUCUUUGUUUUUUUGGCCAAAAAUAAUGUCUGAGGUGCCUCCACCAUCUCUGGACAACUUAACCACUGCAAACACAACUGUAAAUACAAAACAUUCAGGUCACAAAGAGCCCAAGAAAGUAUUGAGACUUAGACAAAAAAAUGAGGAAGCUUUGCAGAAAAGUAAAGAUUUUGUUACGGACACUGAUGCAAAUAUUCAUCUAGAAGAGAGAGAUCUAAAGUUACAAUCAAAGCAGAGGGAAAUUUCAAAAACCUCAGACUUAUCUAACUGUGAAGUUACUGGUGCUGAGAAAGUAGCUUCGAAUUACAAUGAACCCAAGAAAAUAUCAAGACCUAGACGAAAAAAAGAGAAAACAAAAGAUUUUGUUACAGAGACUGAUGUAAAUAUCCAUACAGAAGAGGAAAAACUAAAGUUAGAACCAAAUAAGAAAAUUUCAGAAACCUCAGAUACAUCUAAGUGUAAAGUGACUGCUGAUGAGAAAGGAACUUCAAAUAAUGGUGAAUCCAAGAAAGUAUUGAGACCUAGACAAAAAAAAGAGCAAGCUUUGCAGAAAACUAAAGAGUUUGCUACAGACACUGACGCAAAUAUCCAUACAGAAGUGAAAUAUCUAAAGUUACAAUCAACAAAGAGGAAAAUUCCAAAAAUCUCAGGUUCCUCUAACUGUGAAGUUACUGGUGCAGAGAAAGUAACUUCAAAUGACAUGAACCCAAGAAAGUAUCAAGAUCUAGACAAAAAGAAAGAGGAAGCUUUGAAGAAAACUAAAAAUUUUGUUACAAACAUGGAUGCAGAUAUCCAUACAGAAGAGAAAGAUCUAACGCUACAAUCAAAGAACAGGAAAAUUUCAAAAAUCUCAGACUCAUCUAACUGUGAAGUUACUGGUGCUAAGAAAGUAACAGCAAAAAACAAUCAGAAGUACCCUUCCGUAACGGCAAAAAACAGACAAAAGGGUUCAAGUAGUAAACAUACUGGGAAGAAACGGAAGGCAUAGAAUGGAAGAAAUUCCUCUGAUAUUGCUGCAAAAAUGACUGAAAGAAUAUUAAUAUUUAUUAUUCCAGUCAGUCUACAUUUAAAUGGUCAAUUAUUUAAGAUUCACAGUAGAAGGUGAAUUGUCCUUUUGUUAUUUUAUAAUGCUUUUGUGAUAGCAAAAUUCACCGUAUUACAAACUUUCUUGGUGUGUUUUGUGGGAUAUGGAAUGAGUCAAUUUCCAAAGGUAUUCUGGACUGUAUAUGUGUACAUUAAGGAAAACAAUAAUUUGUUCUUGUGGUCAUUUUGUAGCUUGACGCUAUUUCUAAAGUCGUGUUCAAAUCUGUGUAGGUAACAAAUUUGUCAUAUAACAACACAGUAUAAUAAAAUAUUCAAUAAAAAGAGAAGAUUAUGUGGAAACUUGAAUAGUUUUAUAAUGAGUCUGCUUUUAUGUUUAUCUUUUCUUUUUUCCCAUAUGAGUAUGAAAAAUUGUC